CUGCUGCCCAGGGCAGGGCGAUGGAGCCAGAGCUGUUUGAGAGCCCGCUGCUGGAGUCAGAAGAGGAACAUCUCCUGCUGGACCCGGGCAACGCAUUGAAGCUGUACUGUGAUGCCAACCAGAGUGGUGCCAGUGUGGUCUGGUACAAGGAGUCCCGGCCGCUCGUCCCGGGGGGUCGUAUCCGUCUCCGGCAGAGCCUGCUGGAGAUCUCGGAGGUUGCCUACGAGGACUCAGGGCUCUACGUGUGCCGGGCACGGGGAACUGGGGAGAUCCUGCGCAACUUCACCAUCUCCGUCGUGGACUCACUGGCGUCAGGUGAUGACGACGAAGACAGUGAUGGGGACGGUCCCCACAGAGACCGAAAUGAGCCUGUCUACGUGCACAGAGCUCCUUACUGGACUCACCCACACCGGAUGGACAAGAAGCUGUAUGCGGUCCCUGCAGGGAACACGGUGAAGUUUCGCUGUCCGGCCUCGGGCAGCCCCAGCCCCAGCAUUCGCUGGUUCAAGAAUGGGCGCGAGUUCCGGGGGGAGCACCGCAUCGGGGGCAUCCGGCUCCGGCACCAGCACUGGAGCCUGGUGAUGGAGAGCGUGGUGCCCUCUGACCGUGGCAACUACACCUGCCUGGUGGAGAACAGGUUUGGCAGCAUCCGCUACAGCUACCUCCUGGAUGUGCUGGAGAGGUCCCCGCACAGGCCCAUCUUGCAGGCGGGGCUGCCCGCCAACACCACGGCCCUGGUGGGCAGCGAUGUGGAGUUCUUCUGCAAGGUCUACAGCGAUGCCCAGCCCCACAUCCAGUGGCUGAAGCACAUCGAGGUGAACGGCAGCAGCUAUGGUCCCGACGGGGUCCCCUACGUGCAAGUGCUCAAGACUGCAGACAUCAACAGCUCCGAGGUGGAGGUGCUAUACCUGCGCAACGUCUCUAUGGAGGAUGCUGGCGAGUACACCUGCCUGGCAGGGAACUCCAUCGGCCUCUCCUACCAGUCUGCCUGGCUCACCGUGCUGCCAGAAGAGGAGCUGGUGCGGGAAGCCGAAGCCCCCGAGGCCAAUUCUCCCUGGACUCCAGCUCCUCCGGGAAGUCCAGCACGUCCCUGAUGCGCGUCACUCGUCUCUCCUCCAGCUGUGCCCCAAUGCUGCCCUGCCAGGCUGGUGCUGGGCAAGCCCCUGGGGGAAGGCUGCUUUGGCCAGGUGGUGCGGGCAGAGGCUUAUGGCAUCGACAGAGACCGGCCAGACAGAGCUGUCACCGUGGCUGUGAAAAUGCUGAAAGACAACGCCACGGACAAGGACCUGGCUGACCUCAUAUCUGAGAUGGAGAUGAUGAAGCUCAUGGACAAGCACAAGAACAUCAUCAACCUCCUGGGAGUCUGCACGCAGGAUGGGCCACUGUACGUGAUCGUGGAGUUUGCUGCGAAGGGCAACCUGCGCGAAUACCUCCGCGCCCGCCGCCCCCCAACACCCGACUAUGCUUUUGAUGUCACGGCGAUGCCCGAGGAGCAGCUCUCUUUCAAGGACCUGGUCUCCUGUGUCUACCAGGUGGCCCGUGGCAUGGAGUACCUGGAGUCCAAACGGUGCAUCCACCGUGACCUGGCUGCCCGCAACGUGCUGGUCACAGCAGAGAGCAGCGUGAUGAAGAUCGCUGACUUUGGCUUGGCCAGGGAUGUCCAUGACAUCGACUACUACAAGAAAACCAGCAACGGUCGCCUGCCAGUGAAGUGGAUGGCACCUGAGGCCCUGUUCGACCGCGUCUACACCCACCAGAGCGAUGUGUGGUCCUUCGGGAUCCUGAUGUGGGAGAUCUUCACGCUGGGGGGCUCUCCCUACCCCGGCAUCCCCGUUGAGGAGCUCUUCAAGCUGCUGAAGGAGGGGCACCGCAUGGACCGGCCGUCCAACUGCACCCACGAGCUGUACAUGCUGAUGCGGGAGUGCUGGCAUGCUGUGCCCUCGCAGCGCCCCACCUUCAAGCAGCUUGUGGAAGGGCUGGACAAGAUCCUGGCGGCGGUUUCGGAGGAGUACCUGGACCUCUCCAUGCCCUUCGAGCAGUACUCACCCUCCUGUGAGGACACCGCCAGCUCCUGCUCCUCCGAUGACUCCGUCUUCACCCACGACCCGCUGCCACUGGCUCCUCACCUCUUCUCCUACCCCAGCGUGAGGACUUAAGGGUGGGCAGGGAAGGGCAAUGCCAAGGGCACCUCCGCUCUCGCAGGGAGCGGGUCCAGGUUCCCGCAGGUUCCCUGCUUUGCCUGGUGUGAGUGGUGGGCGGGCAGGGCCCCGAGCCGCAGCGCUAGGGCAGGGCGUCCCUCUCUCCGGGCUCCGUUUAGGCACUGAGCCUUCAGUCGUGGCUGAGACCUGCCUGGCAUUGCAGGGCAGCAGGAGUCAAGAGUCUCUCCGGGGCAGGUACUGCCCGGGAUGCCCAUGGCAUCACCCAAGGAGCUGGGCUUUGGCCAGUGCUUCGGUGGAAGUGUCUCUGGGCGGGAGCCCUGCUGCCUGCCGGGCUUCCACUGCCUCUGUACAUAGCCAUAGAGAUGAAUAUUUAUGUAUGUGAA